AUGGCUGCGAGAUGGGACGAGCACCAAGCUUAUGAUGAGCUUCUGCACUGGGACAACCUUAUCCAGCAAGGCCAUAGGUUACUUCCCCAUGAAUUCGACAGAUAUGAGGAGCUGCGAUACUGGUACGACUGUCGGUGCUAUGAGGAGGAGCUGAGAAAUUACCAUGACUACAUUUCCACAAUGGAGUCAACUGAUGACCAAUAUAACAAGGUUGGUCCACAAAGCCAGAUACACUCGGGGCCCAACGAUCGCCGUGUGAUGGCCAAGCACUCCGAAAUUUAUCCCUCUUCAGCAGAGCUGGAGGCGGUGCAGACAAUUGUCUCCCAUGUGGAAUGUGCACUAAAGGCUGUAUCUGAGGAAAUGGAUAGCCUGUAUAAAGAGGCUCAAGAGACCAAAAAUCCUAAUGCACCAAAACGAGUAAUAAAUGGCAUAAUGAGGGUGGGCCUGUUGGCCAAGGGACUCUUGCUCAAGGGAGACAUGAACCUGGAACUUGUGCUGCUUUGUUUGAAGAAGCCAACCAUCACCCUGCUUAACCAAGUGGCUGAGAGUCUAAAGGCUCAAUUAGAGAUUGAGUCAGCUGGGUUGUACACAGUAAGCCCUUGUCCAACAGAUGCCGCUAUCUUCGUGGAAAGCACUAAGGCGUUACCCCUAAUGCUCACUCUUCAUCUUACAUCACCUCAAGUCAGGGUGGAAGCUCAAGAAGAGAAAUCGCGAACAGACAACGAUCUGACGGAUGUUCUGGACAGACAGAAAUGCCUAAGUUCCUUGGCGUCCCUCCGCCACGCCAAGUGGUUCCAGGCCAAAGUCAAUAACCUGAAGUCUGCUGUUGUUGUGAUCCGGGUCUUGAGAGAUUUGUGUAUUCGUGUUCCGACCUGGGCACCACUCUCAGGAUGGCCUCUUGAAUUGCUUGCAGAGAAGGCCAUCAGUACAUCUGAGAGGCCACUAGGCCCAGGUGAAGCUUUUCGCAGAGUUCUUGAGUGCCUUGCCUCUGGAAUCCUUUUGGCUGACGGUCCUGGAAUAAAAGAUCCCUGUGAGAAGGAACCUGUAGAUGUCCUCGGAAGUCUCACCCUGCAACAGCGUGAAGACACAACUCAGAGUGCUCAGCUGGCAUUAAGACUGUGUGCCUUUGGAAUGAUGUAUAAAGUUUUGGGGAUUGAAGCAAAACCAGGCAGACCCUGGAAAAUGCUAGGAGCUAGCUCAAAGGUUUUCCCAGCCCAGUUAGGCCAGGCUGGCCCCACACCACCUAUUAAGAGGUCCUACGCCCAAAUGGCGACAGGAAAGGAUGGAUCCUCAUUAAACAGCAAACAGAGGAAAUUUCUCAAAUUCCAGAAGCGAUUUCCUCGGAAAUCAGUGACAGAUGAUUUGACUAUGAACGCUGUGAUGCGUUUGAACCAGUAUCGACCAGGCCUGGACUACCGCCUCACCUCUCAGACAGGUCCAGUCCAUGAACCAGUUUUCACCAUGGCUGUAGAUGUAAAUGGAAAAACCUAUGAAUCCACUGGACCCUCAAAACGAGCAGCCAAGCUUAAUGUAGCCACAAAGGUCCUGCAAGAUCUCGGUCUUCCUACAGGCACAGACUCCAAGGCCGAGUCCAAAGGCGAGGAUGGCCAAGAAGUAACAUCCACAAGUGGUGCCACUACAGAAGAUAAUGCUCAGGGUCCGAUCUUGACCAAAAAUGGGAAGAACCCUGUCAUGGAGCUGAAUGAGAAAAGACGAAGUCUCAAGUAUGAACUAUCUGCUGAGACAGGCGGCUCUCAUGAGAAGUGCUUCGUUAUGGAGGUGGAGGUUGAUGGACAAAAGUUCAAGGGGAGGGGAUCGAACAAGAAGGAGGCAAAGGCCUACGCUGCCCUUGCUGCUCUGGAGAAGCUGUUCCCAGACGCUCCUCUCAUGCCCAAGAGAUCAAAGAAGCUCACUUACACUGACAUGCACAUCCCUGGUUUCGGUACUAUUCGAGGAAUCCCUUCAGAUUCUGCAGGUUCCGAAUGGGGCACUGGCAGAGGUCGAGGGAGAGGCAGGGGCAGAGGCUAUUCUUCAGGACCUAUUUAUAAUAAGACCAACUACAGUUAUGAGAGCAACUCCGGUAAAGGCUAUCAUAAAUUGUACAGUAACAACGGUGGAGCCGGGACCACAGCUACCACCAAAGGCACUGGCACUAUUGAUUCUGGCGGCAGUACUGGCUACGGCACAUUUUACCCAGAGACCAGCGCCACCACCUUUUCUUCCCCACCUGUCUCCAGUACCAGCACCAAUACCAGCACAAGCACAGUGGCAGAUUACAAGUCAAUGCCCCCGCCUGUUGACCAGCAAAGUCCUUACAGUUAUGGUUAUGGCGAUGAAAAGAAGAAGAUGCUUACUCAAGGUCAGACUGAGGUCUCAGUACAGGGAGGAAACUACUCUAUGUACAGCACCGCUUACCCCAGCACAGCAGUGGGAAACCAAGUGUAUAAUAGUUAUGGUUGGUCGAACCAGUCAAGUUGGGGCACUCAGCAGGGCUACGCUUCCUACCAGUCCUAUGGAGGACAAAACCAAACUUCAUAUCCUGGAAGUAGUGGCACAAAUUAUUAG